AUAAGAUUAGUAAAUAGCGACUUCCCCGUUUUAUUUCUCUCACCAUUUCCACACAAAACUCGUUGCACCCCAAAAGCCAUUCUGUUGUAGAUAAAAGACAGCUUCUGCUCCCAGAUAACUUUGUCAGAUCACGCAUCACGCUCAGACGCGUUAUCGAGCUCCAAUAUGUCACCUCCAGCGCUUAUGACUGCACCUGGUGCAAAAUUCUUCGAUUCGACUGACCAUCCACCCUUCAACGCCCAUCCAAAAGAAUACUACGGUGGGCCCGAGAUACACACUCGGGCACGUACCUACUCGAAUGAUUACAGACGGCGUCCCAUUCUUCAAACUCGCGACGCAAAACUCAGACGACUCUCGCAUGACCCCAACCCAUCUGAAAGUGCGGGGCCCCGACGGUUUCUAGUUGAUGUAGAGGAGACUAUACGGAUCGUGCUCGAGCAAGAAGACACUGAUGGCGAUUUUCAAAUCAGCAUAACGGACUCUGGACCCAAAAUCAUGUCUCUCGGGACGGCCACCAGCAACGGCUUCAAAACAUUCGAUAUCCGUGGAACAUACAUGCUGUCUAAUCUUCUUCAGGAGCUGGCACUCGCAAAAGAUCAUGGAAGGAAGCGAAUCGUGUUAGAUGAAAGCCGACUGACCGAAAAUCCCGUUGAUCGCCUAUCGCGUAUGAUCAAGACUUCAUUCUGGAAUGCUCUGACCCGUCGCAUCGAUGGCGACGGUUUGGAGAUUAUCUGCGCCGAUCCCAAGAAUCGUACAGCAAACGUGAAGCCACUUAUUUAUGUUCCGUACGGCGAACCCAAGAUGGCCGAGUACUAUCGCAAGGUGUCCAUUGAAAAGCCACAUUUGGGACUUCGGGUCGAGGUUCUUCCUAAAAAAUGCGAAGAUGCUGCGUUUGUCAAAAGCCUCAAUGACAAACCGGGUAUUCUUGCGCUCGCGAUGCAGGAGGUCGAGGACGGGAAUGGCACGACUUCCCUCAAAGGCAUUCCAUUCGUUGUCCCAGGCGCCCGUUUCAACGAGUUGUACAACUGGGAUUCCUACUUUAUUUCGCUCGGGCUACUUGUAGACGGUCAAGUCGACAUGGCGCAAGGGAUGGUUGAGCAUUUCGUUUUUGAGAUCAAACACUACGGCAAAAUCUUGAAUGGAAGCAGAAGCUACUACCUGUGCCGCACCCAGCCGCCCUUCCUAACGGAUAUGGCACUUCAGAUCUUCAAUCAACUUGAUCGUAGUAAAGCAGAACAAAACAGGUCUUGGUUGCGCCGAGCAAUUCAAGCUGCCAUUAAGGAGUACCAUACCGUGUGGAUGGCGCAACCACGUUUGGACCCUGUCACUGGUCUCUCGCGAUACCGCCCCGAUGGCCUUGCACGGUUUAUCUAUCACGACUUCAGUGAAAAGUACAAUGAUGGAACACUCUCCGAACCUGAACUGGACGAGUACUUCCUCCAUGAUCGUGCUGUUCGCGAAUCAGGACACGACACGACCUAUCGAUUCGAGAAGAUUUGUGCAAACCUAGCUACCAUCGACCUCAACGCAUUGCUUUACAAAUAUGAAGUUGACAUUGCUACUGCUAUCCGAGACGUCUUUGUGGAUGAAUUCGAGUUGGAGGACGAAUUCUACCUUUCACCUCAUCCCAUCACUCCCGAAGCAUUCCGGGCAGAGAAGAGGGAUCCAUCACGUCGAGUUAAGUCCACGGCCAAACCUCAGACCUCGAGCAUCUGGUUCCAACGCGCCAGGGAACGCAAAGAACGAAUCGAUCAUUACCUUUGGAACGAUAGGAAGAAGCUGUACUUUGAUUAUGAUACAGUCAAGGGGAGGCAGAUCAAUUAUGAGACUGCCACUGCUUUUUGGGCGCUUUGGGCUGGCUGUGCGAGUGAGGAGCAAGCAUGGAAGCUCGUUGCCCACUCCAUGUCCAAGUUUGAAGUGAUCGGUGGAUUAGUGUCCGGAACUGAGGAGUCUCGAGGGAAGAUAUCCCUAGAUCGUCCGAACCGACAGUGGGACUAUCCAUACGCCUGGCCACCACACCAAAUCAUGACUUGGGUUGGGUUGGAGCGUUAUGGUUACCUGGAAGAGGCGCAGCGGUUGGCUUAUCGUUUCCUCUAUAUGAUGACUGUCGCAUUCGUGGAUUUCAACGGGGUCGUACCAGAGAAGUUUGAUGCGGUUAAGCUUUCUCAUAUGGUUGAUGCCGAAUACGGCAACCAAGGAUUAGACUUCAAGAUGGUGCCACGCGAAGGUUUUGGUUGGAUGAAUGCCGCCUAUCAAGUAGGAUUAACUUUCCUGACCAAUCACAUGCGUCGUGCUGUCGCGACAUGUACAAGUCCCGAAGUCUUCUUCGGGCGCGGAAACGAUCAGUCGGCCAUUCAUAACACGAUUUUAUUAUCCACUGAUCCGCUCGGCCUUGCUAUGGACCAACUCUCAAUCUAGACGAAUCGUCUCCGACACUCUCUCCGCGUUUUCUGUCUUCCUUUCCCAGCUUCGAUCCCCACACAUGUCGCCCGGACUUCCUUCAACCUCCAUUCAUGCAGGAACCGUGUAGGUUUCUCUCAAUAUCACGCUUUUCGUUCCGUUACUUUUGUCUGCCCUUUCUAAUACUUAAAGCAUCGUCGACUUAAUGCCACUUUCUCCCGUCGCCUUUGUACUAUAGUUUCUCGUUUUUUUCUCCCAUCCCCACCCUCCCUUUUACUAUCAGUAGUCUCGAGUUGCAAUAGCUGAAUCGUCACCUCAGUAAUCGCCGCAAGCAUUAGUCCCGUAGGAAUAUUUGUACCACACCCAAUCAAUGGGAAUAUUUAUGCUGGACAUUAUAUAGGUAUUGAGUUCUUCGGGAAGGUCUAUAACAAUGCAA